AUGAUGGACUCGUCGCCUCAAUCCAAGAACCCGGAGCCCACGCUUCCCAUGGCCGGCACCAAGCGUCCUGCUCCGAGCCUCCUCCCGGCCUUCGAACCUCUCUCUUCCUCCCCGGGUUUUCCUCGACCUUCCAAGCGUCAAGCUCGUCCCGGUUCCGUCGGAGGAAACAACGCAUACCUCAAGUAUCCCACGCCCAUUCCGACUUCGAGCACCGGCAUCCUCUCGUCUUCCCCACCCCGUGUCCACCACCGCUCCGCCGCCUCGCGGGCUCUGUCUGCCGCCUCCGAACGCACGCCCCUAGGUUCCGUCCCCUCCAUUGAACUUAACGAGAACGGCGAGACCCUGCUCAUGGGCCGAUCCAGCAAUUCUUCACACUACCAGCUCUCCGCCAACCGUCUCAUAUCUCGCGUGCACAUCAAGGCCCGUUUCGUGCCUGCUCCGUCCGCCUUGGAGCCGAACAAGAUCGAGAUUCAGUGCAAUGGCUGGAACGGACUGAAGCUGCACUGCCAGGGCCGCACUUGGGAGCUUCUCAAGGGCGAUUCCUUCACCUCUGAGACGGAAGGCACCGAAAUCAUGCUCGACGUCCACGACGCACGCGUCAUGAUUCAAUGGCCGAAGCGGGACCACCGCGACCGCCUCGCGAGCCCCGAGUCCCAGUGGGACGACUCCCCGCCCCGGCCCAAUGGCCGUGCCGCCGCCGCCGCCGCCAACCUUCUCCAGUCCAGCCCUCUGCGCCGCACUUCCCGCAUCGAGUCCCCGGAUUCCCCGACCCCAGCUCAUAUGACCAGCUCUCAGCGCCUGCAAGCUCUUCUGCCCACUGAUGAUGGCGAGGUUCACAUCUACGAGGACUCCAGCGCAGAGGAGCCGGAGCUUCCCAAGCUUACUGACUCGGGUGUCAAUGUUGGCCAGAGCUUCGCGACCGAGGCCACUAACUCUUUCUCGUCCGACCUUAGCGAGCCCGAGGACGAGAACUAUCCUGAUGAAGAAAAUGAUCCCAUUGUUCACUCGUUUGGGCCUUUCGGAGCUGACAUCUCCAACCGUCUGGCCUCUGUGCUGUCUUCUGCGCCAAAGUAUCCUUCCUCCAAGCACUCGCGGCUGUCGCCGGUCCGCGACAACUCAAACCCCUCCAGCCCAGUCUCCGCGCCCCCCAAGUCGCCCGAGGUCAAGGAGGAGGAGGAAGAGGAAGUGAGGCAGCCUCCUUACGAGAACUCCGCCGUGCGUAACCACGUCGUCAACCAGCUCGCCUUCUCCCGUCUGUCGUCCAACCCGUUGUCGACCAUCAUGAACAACCUUCCCACAGAGGAGAAGAGGGGUUUGGCCAAGGAGCAGCUUAGGAGCCUCCUCGAGAACACGGCGUGCAUCGGCAUCAUUACACGUCAGGGCAAGGAUGCCGCCGGCAAGCCCCUCGAGAGCGAGUACUACUACGUCCCUGAGGCCGACGAUGAUGAACAGCGCCGCUUCGCCGUCACUGACGGGCUGCGGAAGCCUAGUCUGAGAGCUUGCAGAAAGCAGCACAAGCAAUACUACUGGAAACGCCCGCGAACCCCUUGA